UUUUGUGGCUGAGGUUGCGUUUUGGCCUAACGCUCUCUCCGGGAACACAAAGUGUCAGUUGGUUUUAGGUCUCACCGAAACGCGAAACUCCUCUGUUUUUGCUCUGUUUCUCUCUCUCUGUCUUGCCGCUGCUGCUGCUACUUCGUCUUCAGUUCAGUUCCCGGACAAAGUGGACAGAAUUCGUUUCAAAAUCCUUUCCACGGCAUUGCCAUUCAAUAUUUCUCUCGCUGCCUGUUUCCGACGGAUUGAUUUCAACUCCCUUCCUCAUGCACGAUCGGGAACGAGGUCUGAAUAACUCCCGUUUCGCUUGGCGAUGGCGGCCUUGCAAGGUUUCGGCGUCAUCCGGGUCGUUUUGUAAUAUUAAGUAAUGAGCUUUUCUUCACGGCAACGAGAGUUCAUUACUUCGAGAGAGAUGGCAGGAGGAGACUGUACCCCCUGCUUCUUACUGAGGAUUUGAAACAGCGACACGAUAAAAGCGUCCAGUAAUGGACUCAUAUUCUUCCAGAGAAGAACACAUUAUAAAGACGAGAAAACCGUAUACUAUUACUAAGCAACGUGAAAGAUGGACAGAGGACGAACACGACAGAUUUCUAGAAGCCCUGAAGCUGUAUGGGCGAGCUUGGCAGCGUAUAGAAGAACACAUUGGAACAAAGACUGCUGUGCAGAUUAGAAGUCACGCACAAAAGUUCUUUUCAAAGUUGGAAAAAGAGGCUCUCAUUAAAGGCAUUCCACUUGGAAAAGCUCUUGACAUAGAGAUACCUCCUCCACGUCCUAAAAGGAAACCAAGCAAUCCAUAUCCUCGAAAGACCAGCUCAGGGACUCCUCAGUCUUCUCUUGUCAAGGAUGGAAAACUCUCAACACCAGCUUCACAUCUGCAAUCCAGUAAUCAACCAUUGGACUUGCAGAAUCACUCAUCAGCUGAGAAACCUGCUCAAGGUGAGAAAUUUGCUGGAGCAAAAGAAAUUCGGAACGAGGACAAUCACUCGAAAUUCCUUGCUCUUUUCCAAGAGGUUACCUGCACUUCCUACUCUUCUGUAAGGAAAAAUUCUAUACCAGCAUCUUCUGCACCCACAUGCUCAUCUACCUUCAGGGAGUUUGUGCUGUCGAUGACAGAUAUAGAGGACAAUGGUGCAAGUGAUGAAUCCCAUCUCACAGUCGAAAACAAAGUGAAUCAGAAAUUGGACAAAACCAAUGCCAACCAUAAUGACCUGAAUAAUGGUGUAAUUGGGACCCUGAACUUACAGACACCGAGGCCGAGUUCACAUGAUGAACUGGUCCAAGGAGUGAGAACAGAUGAACCGAAGAAGGCUGAAAUGCUUGGCCUUUUCUCAACAGAUGAAAUGCGAAAAAAUCAGAACUUCCCAAGGCAUGUCCCUUUGCAAUUUGUAGAUGGAAUCUCAGGAACAUGCACACAAACUCUGAGCCCUGAUAUGACAUACCCUCCAUCCAUCAUGCACGAAUUUGGGGGAGCUCAUGGAAAUCCAAGCACAUUCACAAACCCGACCGCUUCUGCAAGUAGUGAACACUACAGUAACAUGUCAAGGUCUUCUGUUCACCAAUCCUUGCCAAAUUUUCCUCCCCCCUUCACCCCAAUGUGCAAUAAUCAAGACAAUUACCAAGCCUUUCUCAACUUUUCUGCUACUUUUUCAAGUCUUAUUGUAUCUGCUCUGCUGCAAAACCCAGCAGCCCAUGCUGCAGCAUGCCUGGCUGCUUCAUUCUGGCCGUGCACUAAUGUGGAGGCUUUGGUAGAUUCUUCUCCUGGUACUCUUGGGGGAUUUCCAUUAAGACAGAUGAGCCCACCUCCUAGUAUGGCAGCAGUUGCUGCUGCUACAGUUGCAGCUGCAUCUGCAUGGUGGGCAGCCCAUGGGCUGUUGCCAUUGUGCUUCCCUCAUCAAAUUGGCUUUAGUUGUGCUCCUUCACCCACUGCUGCAAUUCCCUCAACAGAUACUGGUCAACCUACUAUAGUCUACAAAGAUGAAAAGGACAAUACUUCUCAGGUUCCACACUGGGGAGAUGGACUGGAUCUAGAAUUCUCUGAGGCUCUGAAAAGAGACUCAGCUUCCAAGUCUCCACCUAUGUCAUCAGCAGAUUCUGAGAGUGGAGGUAGUAAAAUGAAUGAUCAUAUGCAGAAGCUCAUGCAGGUUCCCGGGUUCCAUGACUCCAACAAGGCUAAGACAAGAAAACCGGUCGACCGUUCCUCGUGUGGUUCCAACACUGCUUCUAGCAGUGAAGUAGAGACAGAUGCAUUAGAGAAGCGUGAGAAUGGUGAGGAAGAGUUGAAAGAAAUUGAUUUAAGCCAUGCAUCUGCUGAGACUAAUUACCGUCGCGGUAGAAGUGCCAGCAACAUGAACGAGUCCUGGAAGGAGGUCUCAGAAGAGGGUCGGAUUGCAUUUCAAGCGCUCUUCUCUAGACAAGUACUGCCACAGAGCUUUUCACCUUCGUGUGAUCUGAGCAAUGGGCAUCCACAGUCAAGUGCAGAAGAAGGAAAUGAGAAAGGUGAAGAGGGCAGGUUGCAGCUAGACCUUAGUAGUAAGGCAUGGGGUACUUGUCCAGAUCACCCAGGGGCAGGGAAAGCUGAAUCACUGAGAAGCAAUAACAAUCCUGACUUGGGGUCGCUGAUGAUGGGGCUUGGACAUGCAAGGCUGAAAGCUCGUGGAACUGGAUUUAAACCGUACAAAAGGUGUUUGCUUGAAGCCAAGGAAAACGGGGUGGGAAAUGGUAUUGAGCCAGGGGAAGAGAAAGGUCCCAAGAGGAUACGUGUGGAAGGGGAAGCUUCAACUUGAUAAUGUAUGCAAUCGUGUAGCAAGGGGAACCUUUGCUCAUUGCAUGUGUUCUGUUUUAUAAUUCUUAUUUUAAGUUGUGUAGUAAACGGAACUCUUCGUGUUAUUGUGUACACUAUGCAUGCAUCUACUUUUUGCUUGAUUUUCAUAUGCAAAUGUAGGGAGAGUGACUCCAUGGAAGAUAUCUAGAGUGGCUUGCCAACGGUCAUUCCUUUUAUCUUCAGUUACAAUGGUUGAAAUGGCUACUCAUCCCUUGACGUAA